UAGUACACGCUAGUGUCUUCUUGUCAUCUUGUAAACUUUCAAAUCCUUCUGAGUAUUCAGCCAUCUGUGAAAAGAGACUCUGAAAAUUAUAACUUUUUGGUACCUAAAGGCUCGAUUUUUUUCUAUUUUUGCCAAUUAAACCCUAAAAUUCUUUGGUUCCGACAAUGAUCCGAUUCGUUUUGUUGCAAAACAGGCAAGGCAAGACUCGUUUAGCCAAAUACUAUGUUCCCCUCGAAGAUUCUGAGAAACACAAGGUCGAAUACGAGGUUCAUCGAUUGGUGGUUAAUAGAGAUCCAAAAUUUACCAAUUUCGUUGAGUUUCGUACGCAUAAGGUAAUUUACAGGCGGUAUGCCGGAUUGUUCUUCUCCUUGUGUGUUGACAUAACCGAUAACGAGUUGGCAUACUUGGAAUGCAUCCAUUUAUUUGUGGAGAUAUUGGAUCAUUUCUUCAGCAAUGUUUGUGAGCUUGACUUGGUUUUCAAUUUUCACAAGGUCUAUCUGAUACUCGAUGAAUUCAUUCUUGCUGGAGAGCUUCAAGAAACAAGCAAAAAGGCUAUAAUAGAGAGAAUGGGAGAGCUGGAGAAGCUAGAGUAAAGAUGAUUCUGCAUGAAACAGAGAUUAGUGCAAUUUGUGUUGAAUUUUCUCCAUUUGUUGCUUUUCUUUUUCUGUGUGUGAUAUUAUUAAUUUGUGUGCAAUUUGAAAACUGAAUACAUGGUGUCCCUUUACUCCUGUUUUCCUUUGCUACAAUAUUGACUACCAAAAAUAGAGCUGUGGGACAGUUUUUUUAAGGAUUGUUGAUAUAUAUUUGAAGUUAAAAGUA